GCCAGGGAAGCGCAGCGACAGAAAGGUUGCAGCCUUUCCCAUUGCAUUAAUAGUUGCUAGCAGUUACAAAGUGCCGUUGACGAAAGCACAGCUCACUGGCGAGAACUGAACUCACAACGUAUUGGUACCAUCUCGUAAUAUAUAGGAUAGGCGUUCUCAGCUCCAGGGCUUAGAGAAGAUUGUCUUGCAGAAUGAGGACAUGCUUGCGCAGCGUCGGCCGUGCGCACAGUCGGGUGCAGCGGGCCUUUCCGUCGCUUCAGCGGACACCACAGUCAUCGGAAACAUGCUCUGGAAGCCGUAGCGUAUCUGCGAAAGCUAUGACGGAGACGGCUGUAUUCUUGGAAGAGAUUGCGGUGUCGCAAACCCCAAAACGACUCCAGGGUCUUAUGCGAGUGCUGGAGGCUCGAGGCGGCAGCUCGCUUUCCCCCGCCGACCGACGAGGCUUGCACCCGCUGCUGGUGCCGCUGUCGGCGCAGGGGGAGGAGGUGACGUGCCUGCUGCGGUGGCCGGAGCCCUCGCAGUACAAGAACAUGACGCUUCCUGUGGUCCGUAUGACCCGUGGGUCAGUCGGUGUUACGCUGGUGGCUCGCAGCGUUGACGAGUACCUGCACAGAUUACUCGCGGAGGAGGACGUUGUGGCGACCGCAGUUGCCGCCAGCGGGGCCGCAGCUCCCGAACGCCCCCUCGCCGCCGCUGCGGGACCAGACGCGGAGGGGCUCUUCCGGUCAGGCGACGUGGCCGCGUCUAGACCUGCCGCGGGCGGCAGCGGCAGUGCAUCGCAGGGCCUGGCGAUGUACCUCAUUCGCAAGGCGGGCAUGUUUCCGGACGUGUGUGAGGGGCUGGCGACCGCACACAUGGCACGGACAGACCCGACCUCCGCCAUGGUCGCUGCCGAGUGGUACAUGCGCAGCGGCCACUUCCCCGGCUGGGCGCGUCCCUACGAGUUCGCCGCGGAACUGUUCACGCAGCUGGGGCGGCACGAGGAGGCGCGGGACAUGGCGCGCGCGAGUCUGCGUCUGCCCUGGUGGACCCUGCGCGCGCCCUUCGCCCAGGUUUCCGCCACUGCCGUGCUGCCGCACAGCGCCGAGCGGGUGAUGUACCUGCUGAGCGAGGAGGCCGCGGCGGCCGCCUCCGCCAACGUCAACCAGUUCAGCCACCGGGAGCCCAAGACAGCGAAGCAGCUCGCAUUGGAGCGCGCCAACUCCCUCAUGAACCGAGUGGUGGCGGGAGAUCUCGAGUCGUACGACAGCAUCCGGGAGCAGCUUGCGGAGACGUACCGGGAGGCGGGGCUGAGCGAUGUGGCCAACUUCAUUCAGGCGGCUUGAGGGAAGCCAGGGGGGGGGCCUGAUGGUUUUGGUGGGCAGACUAGGGUAGACUUGACGAUGGG